UCAUUCACGCGCUCCUGAACACCUGCGCUCUCUGAGGGGCGUUUCUCGACUGGCUCGUGCGCUCCAGCGAGGCGCAGCGGGCAGACAACAACAGCAGCAGCAGCAGCAGCAGCAGCAGCGCGCGGCGACCUGUCUCUUUAAGUUGGUGUCAAAGCCGAUUACCGCUGAUCUCCGUCGUGAUUCUGUUUUCACCGUCUGUUCCCUGAAUCUAUUUUUGUUUCUGCAGUCUCUGGCGCUACGACACGCGCUCUCAUUUUCAGAAAAAAAAAAAAAAAAACACGCAGCGCCUGGUUAACUCCGCGCCAAAGUUUGGAGGAUGGAAACGUCGUAAAGCGCGGUUGUUUUCUGCGGCUCUGCUUGGAUGCACAGCCCACAUUAAAAGCCUCAAUCUAUGCGAGCCGGUGAGUGUGAUGCGCCGCGGACACUCCAACUUUUUAUACCAUGGUAAGCCUGGAUUACCUUUUCCUGCAAACGGGGGAUAUUAACCGCUUUCUCUGUGGCGCCUUUCUGCUAGAAACACCGGCAGUGACUGAAUUACAGAAGAUGUGAUGUGAUGCCUCGGGGUUACUGUUUGAAGUUGGCACUACAAUAAAAAAACAAAAACAAAAUCACAUUCAGUGUGGACAUAAGAUGCAGAAGAGCGUGCGGUACAAUGAGGGCCACGCUCUGUAUCUGUCGGUGGUUGCGCGUAAAGAAGGAACCAAGCGCGGCUUCCUGAGCAAGAAGACCACGGAGAACAGCCGCUGGGCCGAGAAGUACUUCGCGCUCUACCAGAACGUGCUCUUCUACUUCGAGAACGACCAGAGCGCGAGGCCCUCCGGUAUCUACCUCCUGGAGGGAUGCACGUGCGAGCGGGCACCGGCGCCCAAAGUCUCCGCCAUCAGCAAGGAGCCGAUGGAGAAACAGCAGCACUACUUCCUGGUGAUUUUUGGCCAUGAUGGACAGAAACCUCUGGAGCUGCGGACAGAGGAAGAGUCAGACUGCAACGAGUGGGUGGAGUACAUCCAGCAGGCCAGUUACUCCGACAUCAUCAUCGAGCGUGAGAUCCUGAUGCAGAAAUACAUCCACCUGGUCCAGAUCAUGGAGACCGAGAAGAUCGCAGCCAAUCAGCUCCGCACUCAGCUGGAGGACCAGGGCACUGAGAUCGAGAGGCUUAAAGCUGAGAUUGUAGUGUUGAACAAAGCCAAGGAGAGGAUGCUGCCUUACCAGAACAACCAGGAAGAAGAAGACCCUGAUAUUAAAAAGAUCAAAAAGGUGCAGAGUUUCAUGCGUGGCUGGCUUUGCCGGAGGAAGUGGAAGAUCAUCGUCCAGGACUACAUCUGUUCCCCUCACGCCGAGAGCAUGAGGAAGAGGAACCAGAUUGUCUUCAACAUGGUGGAAGCGGAGACGGAGUACGUCCACCAGCUCUCCAUCCUGGUCAACUGUUUCCUCAGGCCGCUCCGCAUGGCUGCCAGCUCCAAGAAACCUCCCAUCAGCCACGAUGACGUCAGCAGCAUUUUCCUCAACAGUGAGACCAUCAUGUUUCUGCAUGAAAUCUUCCAUCAAGGUCUUAAAGCUCGGAUCGCCAACUGGCCCACGCUGGUUCUGGCGGACCUGUUUGACAUCCUGCUGCCUAUGCUGAACAUAUACCAGGAGUUUGUGCGUAACCACCAGUACAGCCUGCAGGUGCUGGCAAACUGUAAGCAGAACAGAGACUUUGACAAGCUGCUGAAACAAUACGAGUCCAACGCCGCUUGCGAGGGCCGGAUGUUGGAGACGUUCCUCACUUAUCCCAUGUUCCAGAUUCCACGAUACAUCAUCACUCUCCACGAGCUGCUGGCACACACGCCUCAUGAGCAUGUGGAGCGUAAGAGCCUGGAGUUUGCCAAAUCUAAACUGGAGGAGCUGUCGAAGAUGAUGCACGAUGAAGUGAGCGACACGGAGAACAUCAGGAAGAAUCUGGCCAUAGAGAGGAUGAUCGUCGAGGGCUGCGACAUCCUGCUGGACACCAGUCAGACAUUUGUCAGACAAGGAUCUCUCAUCCAGCUGCCGUCCAGCAGCGAGCGGGGCAUGCUCAGUAAGGUCCGUCUGGGUUCCCUCUCACUGAGGAAGGAAGGAGAGAGGCAGUGCUUUCUGUUCACCAAACACUUCCUCAUCUGUACCCGAACAUCUGGAGGGAAGCUUCACCUGCUGAAGCAAGGAGGAGCUUUGUCUCUGAUAGAGUGCACUCUGAUUGAAGAACUCGACGCCAGCGAUGAAGACUACAACGCAGCGGGUCAAGGCUUCAACCAUCUGGAGUUUAAAAUAGUGGUGGAGCCUCCUGAUGGUCAGUCCUUCUCCGUUGUCCUCUUGGCUCCUUCCCGCCAGGAGAAGGCCGCCUGGACCAGCGACAUCAGCCAGUGCAUCGAUAAUAUCCGAUGUAACGGCCUGAUGACCAGCGUGUUUGAGGAGAACUCCAAAGUUUCUGUGCCGCACAUGAUCAAGUCCGACGCCCGACUGCAUAAAGACGACGUCGACAUUUGCUUCAGCAAGACGCUCAACUCCUGCAAAGUCCCACAGAUCCGCUACGCCAGCGUGGAGCGGCUGCUGGAACGUCUGACAGACCUGCGUUUCCUCUCCAUAGACUUCCUCAACACCUUCCUCCACACGUACAGGAUCUUCACCACAGCCGCCGUGGUCAUCGACAAGCUGGCUGACAUCUACAAGAAGCCGUUCACCUCCAUACCUGUCAGGAUCGAACAACAUUCAUGUGAUCGUCUGUCCAUCAUGUCCCUCUGUCCCGACUACAGUCUGAAGAUCACGCAGCUCGCACUCGACCAGUCCAAGUCUCUGGAGCUCUUCUUCGCGACCAACCAGGGGAGCACGUGGGGAACCGACCCCUUGAACAACAAAUCCCCGAGGCUGUGUCGCAAGUUUUCCUCUCCUCCUCCCCUCUCCAUCCCCUCUCGCACCUCCUCCCCGGUCCACUGCCGCAAGCUCUCCCUCAGCUCCCCGAUCAGUUCCAAAGCAGGAGCGUUGGACCUUUCCACCACACCUUCCUCCUCCGCGGCCAACUCCCCCACCUCCAGUCACAGUCCCUCCAUCUCCUCUCCGCCUCCCGGUUCAACCAGGCCCCCCUCUGGCUUUUCCUCCCCUCCGCCCACCGCCACACGCUCUCCCAGCCUCCCCCAGGCCUCGGGGGUGUCGUCUCCGCCUCCCACCUCCACCAAAGCCCCCCUGGACCUCAGCCGUGGUCCCAGCUCCCCGGAGCUCAGUCCAGCUGCGGCGGAGGACGUCAGUGGAGAGCUGCCUCGCAUCGACGCCUUCUGUGGGAAGCUGAGGCGCAGCAUCCGCAGGGCUGUUCUGGAGUCAGUGUCUCUGGACAAGUUUAUUCCUGAAGCUCCGGCCAGCAGCGAGCCGGGCGACAUGUCUCCCUGUCGCUCACCGUCGACACCGAGGCAUCUACGCUACAGACAGUCAGGAGUCACGUCAGGGGAGAACUCUCGCUGUACGAUGUCUCCGGCCUCUGCGUUCGCCAUCGCCACUGCUGCCGCGGGACACAGCAGCUCUCAGGGUUUUAGUAAUUCGGAGAAAUCCUGUGACAAAGAAUUCAUCAUCCGCAGAGCUGCUACCAACAGAGUUCUCAAUGUGCUGCGACACUGGGUUUCCAAGCACUCCCAGGACUUUGACAUGAACAGUGAGCUGAAGAUGGGGGUGAUCGGACUCUUGGAAGAGGUGCUACGAGAUCCAGACCUGAUGCCUCAAGAGAGGAAAGCUACAUCAAACAUAUUAAGUGCCCUUUCUCAAGAAGAACAAGACGACGCUCAGCUGAAGAUAGAAGACAUAUUACAAAUGGCGGAGAGUCCUAAAGCGGAGUGUUUUGAGACUCUCUCAGCCAUGGAGCUGGCAGAACAGAUCACACUACUGGAUCACAUCGUUUUCAGGAGUAUUCCCUACGAGGAGUUCCUCGGUCAAGGCUGGAUGAAGGUCGACAAGACGGAGAGAACUCCGUACAUCAUGAAAACCAGCCAGCACUUUAAUGAUAUGAGUAACCUUGUGGCGUCUCAGAUCAUGACCCACACUGACGUGGGCUCCAGGGCCAGCUCCAUAGAGAAGUGGCUGGCAGUGGCCGAUAUCUGUCGCUGCCUCAACAACUAUAACGGAGUGCUGGAGAUCACCUCCGCUCUCAACCGCAGCGCCAUCUACAGGCUGAAGAAGACCUGGGCCAAAGUCUGCAAACAGACAAAGUCGCUCAUGGACAGGCUGCAGAAGACUGUGUCCUCAGAGGGGAGGUUCAAGAAUCUCAGAGAGACGCUGAAAAACUGUAACCCUCCAUGUGUCCCGUACCUGGGCAUGUACCUCACUGACCUGGCUUUCAUUGAAGAAGGAACACCCAACUUCACUGAGGAGGGCCUGGUCAACUUCUCCAAGAUGAGGAUGAUUUCUCAUAUUAUCCGUGAGAUUCGUCAGUUCCAGCAAGCACCUUACAGGAUAGAGCACCAACCAAAGGUGACUCAGUUCCUCCUGGAUAAGACGCUGGUGAUGGAUGAAGAUACCCUCUAUGAACUCUCACUGAAGAUCGAACCUCGAGUACCACCCGGCUAAUUCUAACUUCAUUUCAUGCACAAACAUAUUCACACAGACACAAUAUACAUAAUUUCUAGCUACCAGUAUCGACAUGCAUUAACCGAACUUGAGAUUCAUUCCUAAUAAAGCAGGGGUUGUUACAUAAUACACCACCAGUUUAUUGUGCUUAGGAAACUCAGGAGAAAACGUGCCUUGUUGUAUGAAUACCUGAUGUGUAGGAUUUAGUAAACAGAAUGGACUGUAUAACACACACAACUCUUUGCCAUACAAUCGUACAGUUAUGACUGUAGAGACAACCAUGUUAGCUUCUAAACAUGGGACUAGAAAGUAACCAGUUGCUGCUAUCAUACUGUAAAUACCAAACAAUCUGCCUCUGUAGUCUUGCACAUAAACAUUGUCAGAUAACUUUUACUUUAUUUGUAUUAUCAUGUCCGGAUUAACCUGCUUGGGGGACAAAAAUGAUCUGCUGGGCCUCUAUUAACCCCUUCCUUCCCCUCUCUGUGCAUUGUAUGCAUUUCUAUGCUGGAAUAUUACAAAGCCCUGGGUUUGCUGUGUGGCGGUUUGAUUAAACACAAAUUAAUUUUAGGAAUAUGCACUGUGUAAGCACAGCAUUUGCAUAGGAUGCAUUCAGAGAAGUGAAUGCUAUAUUCCAAGAUGGCACCCCAGUCAUUCCAAUAAAACUUGCCCACUGAGUAUGUUUAUAUGCGCACUAUUAUCCUGGUUAUGAUCAUGAGUUUUGAGUAUCCAAAAGUUAUUUGUUGCACAUGUAAACAUCAUAUCCUGGUUUCAGACACCUGGAUAAGCUACUGUACCUGAACUAUGCCCACAGAAACCAACAUGAUGUAGCAUGUAAACAGCUGGUCCAGGUUUCUGAAAGUGAAAUUAGGCUGAGAUGUUGAGAAAUCAAGACACAACUGGACACAGAUGAUCAGAAACCUGGAUACUCUUAGAAUCAUGUACACAGGAAUAUUAAUAACCAUGUUUCUCAAGUUCCAUGUAAACACCAUAUAAAUACCAGGCUAAGAUUCAAAAACAGGAUACCAAUGUGCAUGUAAACAUACUUACUGGGAGCCAAAAAUAUCCUUCAGGCCUCCAUGUCUUUGGGCCUAUAGAGUGGGCCUACAUGUUUUAUGGCUAUUUGAGAGCAGCAAAAUUGAGCUCUAUACACAGCACCGAUAUAUUUUCAUCUUAUGAAGUCGAUGUUGUCUAUACAUACAUCCAGUGACAUUAGCAUUCAUAUGCCAUCUUUGUCUUGUCUGUCUACUGGGCAGGCAGGGUGCAGCAGGGUUAUCUGAGGUUGCUUUUUUGCUGGAAACAAGGUUGGUAAUAGCAGUGAGACUGACCCAGAUAAGUGGCAUUCUUUAUGCCUAUUACUAGAGAUACAUAGUAGAGAGAUGAGGAAUGAAGGGAAAGAGCUAGAGAUGCAACAAAGGUCACCAGCCAGAUUGGAACUGGAUACGUUGCAGCUCAAAGGUCAAAGCUUCAAACUUGUGGAGCGCUCUAGUAGCUGAAUGGUUACAACGCAUGCCACAUAAUCUGGUUCGACUCCUGCUAGCAACCUUUGUUGCAUGUCAUGCCCCCCCUCUCUUCCCUUGUUUCCUGUCUGCGUAUAUACUAUCAGCUGUCCAAUAAAGGCAAAAAAUACUUCUUAAAAAAAAAAAAAAAGCUUUAAACUUGUAUGCCAGCAGGCUGCCCCACCAAGAAGUAAAGUUGCAGGCUGUAAAACCACAACAUUUAGCUCAAAGGUGUUAAAGUGCAUCGUAGAGCUGAGGGGAAAUGCAGGAACGGGUGAUCAUUCUCUGUGGUUUUGUCACAAAGAGGGCUUUUGGGGGGUUUUGAUGCACAUAAAUGUUCAGAUGUGAGCUGUCAGUGUGAGUUGUCAGUUGAGUUUUACUUACAGCUCCAGACUUGAAGCACAGUAUCCGCUGAAAUAAUUAGGUCUUAAAACUAGAUUUUAAAUGGCAUGAAAAUAUUCUUUAUUGGACCAAAUGGCUUGAAUUGUGAUAAUACAAACCAUAAUUUCAGGGUAUUUUCAACACUCAGAAAGUGUGUUAAAUGUUUUAGAGUUUCUUUUAUAAUGAUAUGGGUGGAAAAGUCUUUUUGGUGUCACUUGACCUGCAAUUCUGACUGUGGUCACUACACCAAAAUAUCCUCACAGCUCAGCUCAGCACUGUUCUGGGGGCUUGAAGCACAGUAUCAGCAGAAAUAAUGAAGGUCUUACAACUAGAUUGUGACAGAAACACCCUCUUCAAGACAGGGCUUGCAGAUCAGGUUGUAAAGCACCUUAAUACCUUAAUUUCAGCUGAUAUUCCAAUAUUCCCAAAUUGCAUGAAAUUACCACAAGCCAACUGCCACACAGAGAACCCGGGGUUUUUGGGGACCCUGGUGGUCUGGAGCCCUGGGACAUUUGCCUGUUUUGUCCAGUUGGUAAUCCAGCUUUGUGUAUGAUGGACUUGUAUGUGUGUGUGUCAAAACAUGCUGGGUUUCCUCGACAGCUGUAGUACAGUUCAAAUAUUUUAUCUACCUUAAUACUUACUGACUGGUUUGUUUCUUGGUGUUGUUGAUACUCACAUGAUGUCAGGCUUCACUCCAAUAUUUUUAUAUCUUUACUCAUCUGUUAAACUAAAGGUUUAUGUUGUUGCAGUUGUUAUUGUAUUAUAUUUGCAUGUUACAGCAAAAAAAAUGUAGUUUACACACAUUCCAAAUCUGAAUAUAUGCUCAUGGCAGAUUUAGGAUAUUGUUAUCUUUCUUGACAAUCAAAAGCAUGUCAGCUGAAAAUCAUGUCUUUUCAGUUUUAUAAUAUUAGCAAUUUUGUACACAAAGCUUUCUGAUUUUAAAUCCUCUUCAUUUGUGCUCUUUUUUAAAAAAGAGAAUGGGUCUAAAAGGUUUCUUACAUGCUACAACAUCCUACAGUUACAUUUCUUUUACAUGUAUCACUAUUAUUUUAAGUUCCUUGUCAAUGUGGUCAUUUAAUCAUAUUCAUGUUUUAAACCUUGUUGACUGUAUUAGUAAAAUAGUAAUAUCUUUGCAGUAUUCAUUUGUAAAGAAUGUCAAUAGACUCUAAACUUGUUCAUAGCAUGAAUAUAGCAUGAUCUCCCCUCUUCAAAUAACUGCUGUCCUUGUAGUUGACUGUUACUGAGUUUUAUUAGGUUUAUUCAUUUAUUUUGGCUCCUUCCUGAUGUCAGGAAUCUUUUAAAACUUAAAUGCAUUAGCUUACAAUACCCUUGCUUUCCUACAUUGCUGUAUACUUUUGAAAUUCCAGUUUUGCUGUUGUAUUUUUCCAUGCAUUUCACGGUGUAAUGUACAUAUAUUUACACACUCCAGGCUUAAAAAUAAAAGCAAAAAAGAAAAUUA